AUGAAUUGGUCACUUGGUAUUCUGUCUUUUUUGAAUCUUGCUACAACCUUACUGGGGUGCGGCAUUGAUAGAGCUCCUCAAUUUGCGCCAAUUCCAGAUUCGGCGAAAGGUCUGCCCAUUGGACCAGGAGGAUAUGGCAUAGAAUCAUUUGGGAAGGGCGCAUACAUGGUGACCGAAGGCAACUAUCAAGCUAUCUUUCUUGUCUCCAACAAAGGGGUCAUCGUUGUUGACUGCCCUCCUACCAUCGGCCACAUGCUUCUCUGGGCCAUCGGAAAUGUGACUUCAAUUCCAAUAACACAUGUGAUCUACAGCCACGCUCAUGCAGACCAUAUCGGAGGAGUCACUCUGUUUGGUGAUAAGGUCACCACAAUCUCACAUUAUGAGACUGCUCGAUACCUGACCCUGACGCCAGAUCCAAAUCGCCCAGUCCCAAAAGUCACCUUCAAGAACUCGUACACUCUUUGUGUCGGAAACCAAACACUGGAGCUUACCUACAAGGGUGAGAACCACCUGAUCGGUAACAUCUUCAUCUAUGCUCCUGUUCAGAAGGUGUUGAUGCUGGUGGAUGUCAUCUACCCGGGCUGGACGCCCUUCGCACUACUAGGGCAGACGAAAAAUGUUCCAGGAUACAUUCGCUCGCAUUAUCAGAUUCUGGAGUACGACUUCAAGCAUAUCAUUGGUGGCCAUCUUGGCCGAUCCGGUACUCGCGCCGAUGUUCUCACGCAGCUUGAAUACGUCCUCGACCUGAAGAGGAAUUGCGAGUACGCGAUCAACACAAGUGCGACCAACGACCCUGACAUCGGAGCCGCAGCCGUCUUUGGUCCGGUCACUGCCAAGAACAAGGGAAAUGGUUGGGCUCCGUUCAAGGUGUAUUUGGAUGUCAUGGCGGACUACUGCGCCAACAAAACUAAUGCGAAAUGGCUCGGAACGCUGGCAGCUGCAGAUGUAUUCCAAUUUGAGAAUGCCGGAGUCAUGGUUGAGAGUCUAAGGAUAGAUUAUGGGGUUCUCGGGCCUUCUUCAACAGUCUGA